CGUGUCCCCAGCCGUGUCCCCCGGGCUAUCCCCAUCCCUGUCCCCAUCCCCAUGUCCCGGGCGCUCAAGGCCCGGCACCGGGCGAGGCGCAAGGGCGGCUCCCGGGAGCGCCUCUUCGGCUGCGACCUCCGCGAGCAUCUGCAGCGCUCGGGGCACGACGUGCCGCAGGUGCUCCGGAGCUGCACGGAGUUCGUGGAGCAGCACGGGGUGGUCGAUGGCAUUUACCGCCUGUCCGGGGUGUCCUCCAACAUCCAGAGACUGCGGCAGGAGUUCGAGGCGCAGCGCAGCCCGGACCUGUCGCGGGACGUUUACCUGCAGGACGUUCACUGCGUCAGCUCCCUGUGCAAGGCGUACUGCCGCGAGCUGCCCAACCCCCUGCUCACCUACCAGCUCUACGACAAGUUCGCCGACGCCGUGGCCAUCCAGAUGGAGGAGGCUCGGCUGGUGAAGAUCAAGGAGGUGCUCAAGGAGCUGCCGGAGCCUCACUACAGGACUCUGGAGUUCCUGAUGCGGCACCUGCUGCGCAUGGCCGCGCACAGCGGCCGCACCAACAUGCACGCGCGGAACCUGGCCAUCGUCUGGGCCCCCAACCUGCUGCGCUCCAAGGACAUCGAGGCGGCGGGGUUCAAUGGCACGGCGGCGUUCAUGGAGGUGCGGGUGCAAUCCAUCGUGGUGGAGUUCAUCCUCACGCACGUGGAGCAGCUCUUCGGGGACGCGCCACUCUCGGGUGCCACCUCCCCCCGUCGCUCCCUGCUGCUGCCCGGGGCCGCGCCCCCCCUGCACGUUCCGGCGGCGCUGAGCCAGGGUGACGGCCCCCCCCAGAUGCGGCCCUACCACACAAUCAUCGAGCUGGGCGAGCACAGGAGCAAGGGCUCCCUCAAGGCCAAGAAGUGGAGAUCCAUCUUCAACCUGGGCCGCUCCGGGCACGAGGCCAAGCGGAAGCCGGGGAAGGCGGAGGAGAAAGACAAGUGCGGGAAGGUCACGCUGCGGCCGGCCAAGAGCAUGGACUCGCUCAGCUCCGGCCACUCCGGCCAGCCCGCCCCGGACCCCUCCCGGCUGCUCCCGAAGCUCUCGGUGAAGCUGCGGCCGCAGCGCCAGCACAGCUCGGACGCCGCCCCCGCGGUCCCGGAAUCGCCCCCGGAGCUGGACGAGAGCCUGGAGGAGACUCUGGAAGGAACCGAGAGCAGCACCCACUCGGAGCCCACCAGCCCCAAAGCCCCCCGGGAGGGACCGGGGGUUUACGGCCGCUCCCGCGCCGAGAAAUGCGCGGGGCUGCACAUCUCGGGUCCCUUCUCGGUCACCGUCCCGUUCCACAUCACCUCCAACCUGUCCCGCCUCACCCGGGGGCUCCCCUGCCCCGCGCUGGAGCGGGAGGCGACCCCCGGCAGCGCCCCCGAGCCCGCCCGGGACCCCCGGCCCCGCUCCGCAGGGGCAGGGGGGCAGCGGGACUGGGGACACAGGGAUCAGGGCGACACCGGGAUCGGGAGGCCCCGGUACCGAGCGGGAUCGCGGUACCGAGCGCUCCCGGUUUUCCCGACAGGGGACGCGGAGCAGACCCGGCUCUCCCUGGAGCUCCGCGAUUCCUUCGCCUUCCUGGACUGCCCCGACACGUGGCUGGAGGGCGGCGGGGACACCGAGGGGGCGGCGAGGAGCCCCGGGAUCGGGAACGGGACCCCCGGGAUCCGGGACGGGACCUCCGGGAUCCAGGAUGGGACCAGCGGGAUCGAGGAUGAGACCCCCGGGAUGGAAGAUGGGACCCUUGGAAUCGUGGAUGGGACCCCCGGGAUCGAGGAUGGGACCCCCGGGAUCGAGGAAGAGCUCCCGGCCGUGGAGGAGGGGAUGGAGAGCGGGUUCAUGAGCCCAGGUGAGCGCUGGCCGGAGCAGCCGGACAGUUACCUGUCCAUCGAGGAGUGCACGGAGCAGGACAUGUUCUUCCUGGCCCCCGGCGCCUCCGACCCCGACUCCGACCCUGAUGAAAUCUUCCUGAGCGCCCACGACGAGCUCAGCCCGCUGGGGGACAUCCCCGAGGGACCCCUGGGCGAGGGGACAGCCCUGGAGAGCCGAGAGACCCCUGAGAGCCCCGAAAUCCCAGACAUCCCAGAGAUC